AUGGAUGACCCGGCGAGCCGUAUGCCGGCGCAGCUGCUGCCUCACAUGCACUUGGUUUCUCACCACCGCUAUCCGAAUAUGCACAUGAUGCCCGCCGAAACAGCCGUGGAAUACUUAACCAGCGCACCCCGAGUCUGCCAACAGAAACCUAUGCACUGGACCCUUCUGGAGGGUCCUGCAGAUGGCAAUGUCAUGCUCACUUGGCAGCCUAUGGCGCAUUUGGGCAACAACUUUGCCAGCGACGGUUAUGUCUGGGCCGAUGCUGAGCAGGCCUUCAGCUUUGAAUCUCGAGGCUAUACUGUGGAGAUGUAUGUCCAUCGCAGUGGAUAUCUCCCUCCGCAUGAGAAUGUGGCAUCGCACACUCGAAAGCGCUAUCGUCUUGUUUCAUCCAAAAUCCCCAACGGCCCUCAGCCCGACCCAUCAUUGUGGAUCGUCCACUAUUCACGCGCCCCUCAAACAGACCACGUCCCCGCUGCCCGUAUUCCCGUGACCCCGCAGGUUCAAAGCAUGAUGAGCCAACGACGUUUCCUACAAACUCAAGGUCAACUGAGUCGCAAAGAAUUUAUGCUCCAUGACCGCAAUAGCUGGCCAACCAUUCCUUUUCCUCAACAGAUUUCUUCGCAAGGCUUCACUCAACCUCAACCCCCUUACGCCAAUGCUGCUGCUGCCCAGGCCCGACCGGGCUUCUACCCACCUCAGGGUCACCCAGCCGCCGCUCACCCAGGCAAAAUCCAACGUCCACACCGCGCCUCCUCCGCUGCGAUUGCUGCUGCGACCGCUGAUUUUUCGCUUGAGGAUGAGGAUGUGUCGAGUGGUGAUAUGAUUGAUCAGUUGACCCCGCGAGAUAUCAGUAAGAUGCGCUAUACACUACACCACGAGUGGAUGGAAGAUAUUUUUGCAUCCCCUUAUUCUAUGUCUCAAAUCACCCCGGUUUCGCUUGGUCUGGGCCGCAAGGGAGAGCUGGAGUCCUUGACGUCGGCCUACUUUGAUACUCCCGGUGGUGGAGAAGGUCCAGACAGUGAUGUCCCGGAAGCAUCCAAGCUAGGAGAAGUCAAAGCAAACGAGUUUGCGAACCAGAUCGCUAAGAAGAUCGCUGAGACAAACGCCGAGAUGGAGAAGAUGAAGAGGCAACACGCUCGUCGGCUGGAGCAAUUCAACCGCAGCUCGCUUUUCAAAGAUGCUGAAUUGCGCCUCAGGGAGGCGGCCGCUGAUCCUGCUGCAACAGGUUCCGAGGUGUGGAGAUUGGAGGGCCGAAUUAUCAUUCCCUCCGAAGAGGAUGAGGCCCCGCCGAUGGAUUAUGUUGAAGAAAAGGCCAAAUACAAGGUGGAUGAUGUCGUUCGCGAUGUUGAGGGUUCUUGCAAGAGGCAGAUCAUGCCGGAGCCCAAGGUUUCAUGUGUAGAGAAGGGUGGUCUCCUGGAGAAGAUCGAACCCGAACACAAGGAUGAACCCGAGUCCUUCACCAACGACAUGGUUAUGGACCACGCCGACAGCCUUCUGAACCAGUUUGGCAGCCCAGGCAACGGAGCUUCUGCACCAUCCGGUCCUGGUGAUGUAGACAUGGACCUGGGAGAUCACCUCGGUGGUGCCAAUGGUGAAACUGGUGGCUGGGUGAUGGUGAACAACGAGAAUAAGGAUGAAGCCGGUGGAGACACGAGCUUAGAGGGCGCCGCUUUCGAUUUUACCAACAUUGACAGUGCCGGUGAUGCAUUGGCCGCCUACACCGAACAGCAUGGUGAUCUUGACCUGCCUGAUAUGGAGGACUCAGCAUUCGGAGACGCCUUCCACGCUUCGGAUAAUGAACAUUCGCACCACCCAGAUGCCGAUGAUAUGUCAUAG